UUACCAGCAACCCAACUUCCCUAGAGUCGUCAUGACUACAGGAAAAGAAAGAAAAAGCCCCUCAGCAGUAGAAGCUCCCUUGAAGAAGGCACUGUUUUCUCCAAAGCCCUGGGAAGAAUGUAAAGACUAUAUGGAUGGAAAGAAGGCACUCAAUGCACCCAAACUCCCAAAGCAUAGAAAAGCCAGAAGGCCAAAUCCUGGUACUACCAAGGAAAAUUCUGGAGAUAGUGAGGUAUUGGAAAAACUGAUCAGCAAGGGGGCACAACAAAGAAGGGUGAAACUACCCCAACACAUUCCAAAAAAGGCUAAAACAAACAAACCAGCCAGAAAAUCAAAAAGAGCAGACACUGACAGCUCAGAGAUUUUGGACCAUCCAAUCCCCUUCCCACAAAACCAACAAAUGCCAAUUCCCUCAAACUGUGAAUUGAUGGCAAUGGUAGAUAUACCCCAGAAGCAAGCUUGUUCUAUUAAAAAGAAAUGGAACCAGAGAAGCAGUACCUUUAGUAGAAAAGAACCAACUACCACAUGUCUGACUGGUAAAUGUUAUGAAGCUAUGGAAGUAGACAACCCACAUCCAGAAUGGAAAU